AAUAAUUGUUUUUUUACAUAACAUUUGAUCAUGUCUACAUUAACUAGUUUAUUAGCCUUUUCGUUUUGUCUUGUGUGCGUUAACUCAGUCGAGUUAGAUGAACUUUACACGUUGGUUUCUAGUAAGCUAGAAGAGACUGAACAUUACCAGGUACCAACAAAUAAUGAAAAACUAUUUAAGGUCAAUGAUUCGAAGGUGUACGAUGCUGGAUCAUACGAUUUUAUAAUUGUUGGCGCUGGAGCCUCAGGUUCUGUUCUGGCAAACAGACUAUCUGAAAUUUCUACCUGGAAGAUUUUGUUGUUAGAAGCUGGUGGCAAAACUAAUAAAUUCAGCGAUAUUCCUAUGUUUGGCGAUGAUUUAAGAUAUUCUGAUAUGAACUGGGGAUAUUAUACAUCUCCACAAACAAGAUCCUGUCAAGGCAUGCGAAAUAAUCAGUGUGUUUACCCUCGUGGAAAAGUCAUAGGGGGCACAACCACCAUGAAUUCAGCAGUAUAUGCUAGAGGCGCUCAUACAGAUUACAAGAACUGGGAAGCAAUGGGUAACCAAGGAUGGGCAUUUAAACAUGUAUUUCCGUAUUUCAAAAAAUCGGAAAGUUGUUCUUUUAAAUCGUGUGAUCCACAUUAUCAUGGAACGACUGGACCCUUAUCUGUUAACCAAACAAGUCCUCCUUCAAUUAUAGCAAACGCGUUUGUCAAUGCUAAUCGAGAAAAAGGUUUGAAUUUGGUGGAUUAUAAUGGAAAGCAGCAAAUAGGGGUAUCUAGAAUACAAUCUACUAUUAAAUAUAAUAUACACCACAAUUCCGAACACGCUUUUUUAGACUACGUCAAAUCCAGAAAAAAUCUGAAAAUAAUGUUAAAUGCAGCAGUUAAUAAAAUAUUACUAAAAAGUCAUAUAGCAACUGGUGUAACUUUUGUUAAAGAUGGAGCAGUAUAUACAGCUAAGGCCAGAAAAGAAGUUAUUUUGUCUGCUGGUGCAAUAAAUAGUCCACAACUCUUACUCUUAUCUGGUCUAGGUCCGAAAGAGGAAUUAAAAAAAUUAUCUAUUCCAGUAGUGGCUCAUUUACCUGCUGUUGGAAAAAAUCUACAAGACCAUCCUCUUUUGUUUAAUAUAUAUUUUAGGACAAAUCUUACUGCGCAGAAUCGUACGUUAAAAGAAAACUUGGCGCGUUAUCUGAAAGAUGAAACCCCUUAUACCAAUGCUGCUAAUUUGGAACAUAUUGCCUUUAUUAACGUUGGUAAUAUCUCUAGCGGAUCCGCUGAUAUACAAUAUCUAACUUCUCCUCCACCAUUUGGUGUACCAUCCAAUCCUGUUAGAUCAUUAAACUUUAAAUAUACCUAUGCACAUGCUUAUAAAAGUUAUAAUCCAUUAACUGACCUUUCGGUUUUUAUGUCAUUAUUGAAACCAAAAUCAAGAGGCCAAGUAACCUUGAAAAGCAACAAUAUUGUCGACUUUCCCAUUAUCGAUUUAAACUUUUUUUCCGAUGUUAACGGGACAGAUAUCGAAACAAUGUAUAAAGGUAUUCAGUACAUUUUAAGUCUUACAAAAACAGAAGCAUUCAAAAGAAUUAAUGCUACUCUUAUAAGUGAACAUCCAAGCUGCAAUCAAUUUAAGGGACAGGAAAGAAAAUAUUGGUACUGCGCUUUAAAAUAUAUGACUGCAACUGAGUACCAUCCCUCAUGUACUACAAGAAUGGGGACUUCUAGAAGAGACUCUGUGGUCAAUAAGGACUGCAUGGUUCAUAGUUUUACAAAUCUGAGGGUGGUUGAUGCGGGUGUUAUGCCAGAGAUAACAAGAAGCAGUAUUGCGGCUGCUAUUUAUAUGAUUGCAGAGAAAAUAUCCGACGAAAUUAAACGUAACCAUGGCAAACUACAUUAGUUUUAAAUUAUACUUUUAUUGUGUUUAUAAAUAAAAUCUAAAUAUAUAAAAAA